AUGAAACGCACAAACAAAGAAGAAACAAAGGAAGGAACGAACAAACAACAGAAACAAAACAAGGUUAACGAACGAAAAGCGAAAAAAACAAAUGCAAAGGAAGAAGCAACAAACAACAAAGACAAAGAGAAACAACAACAAAAAAGGAAGAACAAAGAGAAAGAAAACGAAAGAAAAGAAAGACUAAUGGAAACGGAGACAAAAGCAAAAAAGAGGACUCGAAAAGAUGAAGCGAAACAAAAAACAAAACAAGACAAAACAAGAAAAGAACACGUAAACAAAAGAAGAAAACAAAACAGAGAACAAACAAAAAGAGAACAGAAAAGGAAAGAACGAAAAAAAAAAGGAAAGACCAAACAAAAGAAAGACAAACAAGUAAAAGAGGACAAAAGGAAACGAGAAGAACAAAAAGAACGAGAAGCAAACAAAGCACAAGGAACUGAGAGCAAACAAAGAAAAGAAACCAGAGAAAGCGAAACGAGAAAGCAAAAGAAAGAAGAAAGACGAAACAAACCAAAAAAGACAACAAGAGGAAAGAGAAAAGAAAAGAAACAAAAGGACAAGAAACGAAAGAAAAGGAAAGAAAGGCAAAAGAAGAGAAGACAAGACAAGAAAAAAAACAAGGACUGA